AUGGGAUUCCGUGACACACUGAUAAGGUAUGCGUUGAGAAAUGAUUAUGUGGACGCUGCAAAUGUGCUGGAACCGUUGUUGACGCCCGAUAUGCAUCUCGAAUUUGCACUUUUCAAAAUGCGGCACAUCGUUGGGCUUCGAAGAUAUGCCGACUAUAGGACUGUUUGCAGUCUUGCGAAGCAGUGCAUUGGUGAGCUUGCAACUAGCAGCCAGGAACGUGAGAUGCACGCCGUGCAACGGACAGCCGCAUUUAUCAUUCUGGAUGCUGUGACGAAGAAAAGCCGUGCAGCGCUUCUUCGAGCUGCGAUGAAAGAGCGAAGAGUCAGACGUUUGCAGCAGAAAUUUGACAGCCGGGCCGAGAAGUUAUCGGCACAAAUGGAAGAGCACUUGGUUGAUUUACGAGCCAAAUUGUUCCCACCACCAAAGGGGUUGCCGCUGGAAACUUGGGCUCGAAGUGAUACCUCCGAACAAGUGGCUUUCACAAGAAUUAUCGCAAAUCGAGGCUUAUGUGAGGAAAGUUUUGUAGAUUUCUUCAGUGUUAUUGUUGAAAAAUCUCCCGUAAUGACAGUGGAUUCUUAUCGGACCUGCUCAGAUGACGUGUUUACAGAAAGGGAUGAGACGCUGGAUCGUUUUGUAAUUAUUGACUGA